AUUACUAAUUAACUAAUAAUCUCAGGCAAUUGAAGAAGCUUCUGUGAAAGGAGGAAUUGAUUUUUCUGAGUCUCAGAGGUUGCAUUCUGUUUCUAUCAGCAUGCCACCGUCUCCUAUUGAAUCUCAUUUACAGGACGCAAAAAAGGUUAUUUUCAGAGAUGACUUUGGAAAAAAUUUGUGCACGGAUAUUCCCGAUUCUGCUGCUACUUUCCAAGAGAAAAGUUCUCAGGGAAGAAAGACGAGAUUUUAUUCUCAGCCAAUGCCAAAAGGUUCUGCAUUUAAUGAGCCCCUCCCCAGUAGAAAAUCUCCCAACCCAACAGACCUCCCACCGAGGAAUCCCAGGAUUAAUAGGCUGAAGGAUAACAGAUAUGACUCUUUCAAGACAUGGUCUGGGAAACUUGAGAGACAAAUAUCAAAUUUGCGUGGUAAGCCUAGGGAAUCUGAGCAAGAUUCUAAGAUUCCGAAGCCUGCAGAAGUCGAAACUCUGCCUGUGGACCGAUACUUUGAUGCCUUGGAGGGACCAGAAUUGGAUACCCUACGGGCAUCUGAAGAAAUACUUCUUCCUGAAGAUAAGCAAUGGCCAUUCCUGCUACGCUAUCCCGUCUCUUCUUUUGGUAUCUGUCUCGGUGUUAGCAGCCAAGCCAUUUUGUGGAAAACCCUUGCUACUUCCUCCUCUACCAAGUUCCUCCAUGUCAGCCCCGACAUAAAUCUAGUUCUUUGGUGCAUAUCUCUUGCUCUUAUGACAAUUGUCUCUUUCAUUUAUGGUUUGAAAGUGAUUUUCUACUUUGAAGCCGUUCGUCGUGAGUACUAUCACCCAAUUCGUGUUAACUUCUUCUUUGCUCCAUGGAUUGCCCUUCUAUUCUUGGCUCUUGGAGUUCCACCAUCGGUUUCUGAAAAUCUGCAUGCAUUUCUGUGGUACAUUCUUAUGACCCCGAUUUUUUGCCUUGAGCUUAAGAUAUAUGGACAGUGGAUGUCAGGAGGACAACGGAGACUUUCUAAGGUGGCAAACCCCUCGAACCAUCUCUCUGUUGUCGGGAAUUUUGUUGGUGCCUUGCUUGGUGCAUCCAUGGGGCUAAAAGAAGGACCUAUUUUUUUCUUUGCUGUUGGAUUGGCUCAUUACACUGUCUUAUUUGUUACUCUCUAUCAGAGACUUCCAACAAAUGAGACACUUCCAAAGGAGCUCCACCCGGUUUUCUUUCUCUUUGUUGCUGCACCUAGCGUUGCUUCUAUGGCAUGGGCAAGGAUUCAAGGAUCCUUCGAUUAUGGAGCACGGAUUGCCUACUUCAUCGCCUUGUUCCUUUAUUUCUCACUGGUCGUUCGUGUUAAUUUCUUCCGAGGCUUCAGGUUUUCAUUAGCAUGGUGGGCUUACACAUUCCCUAUGACUGGAGCUGCCAUUGCCACAAUCAGAUACUCAAACGUGGUAACCAACCCAGUAACAAAAACUUUAACCGUUGUCCUUUGUGCUGUCUCUACACUUACAGUGUCAGCACUGCUCGUGACAACCAUUAUUCAAGCCUUUGUACUCAGAAACCUAUUCCCAAAUGACAUAGCCAUAGCGAUCAGUGAGAGGAGGACUAAACCCCGAAGAUGGUACCACAGAAGAGCUGGAAGUUCAGAUAAUAAAGACAUUGAUCAAUUCCUAAAAUAUAUAGAUUCAGAUGGCAAAGAUAUCGAGGCUUCUCUUACAACUGCAAGCUCCAACAACCAGGAGGUUUCUUCUGUUUCAGAAGAUGUCCAAAACAAUCAUUCUCAUAAGGUGCCAGUGUACUGAACUCUAUGACGUGUUUGGUAUGGUGGAUUUCAAGGUUAAUAUAAAAGAAGAAAAAUAAGUAAAAAAUCCGUUGCACCGUCGAGUCAUGUUGAGUACUGGGUUCGACUUGUAAAUUUUGCGUACUUGAUCAAGGAAGGAAUUCUUAAUACUUUGAGAGUUCCAGUGAACUUGAUUGAGCUAAGAGAAAGAUGAGGUUUUAUAUGAUGGAUGAGAGUAAGUUAAAAGGUACUUUUUGAGCUGUAAAUUAUAAGGGUCUUGUUCAUGUAUUAAAGGUUUUUAAUUAUAUUCUUUUUUAUGUGUUCAUUGAACCUUUUACAAGGUA